GCGAUCUAUUCUAUAAUUACAUUACACUUUCGCAUCUAUUGUUCUUCGUAACGUAUGACAAUGCACAAUACCAUUUAAAUAUAUUUUCGGUGUACACAUACUGGUGUUUGAUUGUAAAAUUUAUAUAGUGAUUAUCAAUCUUUAUUUAUUAGUAAGAUGCGAAGCCUCGAUAAGCGUCCUUUCCCCCUCCUCUGCUCUCCUCCUUUAAACAUAUACUUUAUUUUAAUAUAAUAAACGUAAAAACUAACCUGUUCUCGUCAAGGUAAACAUUGCAGUAAAUAAUGCAUUUUUUUUUUGCUAUAAUAGCGGCGGUUCAAAUUAAUUCACGUGUUUGUAGCAUUCCUUUUGUUUUGCUUUUCGAUUUGCAUCAUUAUUAUGCUCACAUUUGUAUUUACGCAUUUAUAGAUUACAUGCACAGUAAGAUAGAGAUACAAAAAGAAAUAUUUUUUUAACUGAUAACAGUUCUUGAAAUUCAUUGGUUCGUCAGAUGAUAAACAGUGAUAACGCGAGUCAUUCGUUUCUGAUAUCUGUAUAGUUAACUCUGCCACAAUUUUGCAUAGGAAUAAUCACUGUUGAAAUACUUUGAGAACACCUGUUCCAAUACACAGUUUAAAAGUUUACUAUUAAAAUAUAUUAUAUAAAAAGAAACUAUAAAAUAAUUGAUAUGACACCAAAAAUUGUUGUUGUCGGGUCGUGUAUGAUUGAUUUUACUUGUUUCUCUCCACGAUUGCCUAAACCUGGCGAAACAACAAUUGGAACUAGAUUUGAAAAGAAAUAUGGUGGUAAAGGUGCUAAUCAAUGCAUGGCAGCUGCUAAACUCGGUGGAUCUACAGCACUUAUUGCUUCAUUGGGUUCUGACACAUUUGCUCAGGAAUAUUUAGAAAUUUUAAGAAAGGAAAAUGUAGACAUAUCUCAUGUCAAGAUACAAAAAGAUAAACAUAGUGGUAUUGCUCACAUUACUGUUGCUGAAAAUGGGGAGAAUAGUAUCGUUAUCGUGUUAGGUGCAAAUGAAUCCUUAACUCCGGAAUACGCGGAUUCUGCUGUUGAUGUGAUUAAGAGCGCUAGCGUUUUAUUAUGCCAAUUCGAAAUUCCGCUGGAAACCACGCUGCAUGUGUUAAAAUUACAUCGGGGUCACGGACUUUCGAUUGUCAACGGGGCGCCCGCGCUGGAAAAUUUUGAUCCGAAAAUUCUGAACCUAUGUGAUAUUUUUUGUGUCAAUGAGACUGAGGCGGAAGUUAUGACGGGCAUUCAACCCAUAGACUUGUCAAAUGUACAGAAAGUCGUGGAUAAGCUUCUGGCUAAGGGAUGCAAUGAGAUUAUUCUUACUCUCGGGCCGCUGGGAGCUGUAUAUGCGUCGAAAACGAAUAGAAACGUCACACGGAUUCCUACCACCGAAGUUCACCCGGGUGCUGGGGAUGCAUUUUUGGGCGCACUGGCAUAUUUCAAGGCUUAUCAUCCGCAGCUAUCAAUGGAUGAAUGCAUCAGAAGAUCUUGCGUAGUCGCCACGCAAUCCGUCCUUAAAUUCGGCACACACGCAAGUUUUCCAACAAGAAGCGAUCUCUCGAUCCCAAAAUCCGGAAUACUUAAAAAUAGCGUCAAUUACAUCAUAAUGCAGAAUUAAUGAAGCGAAUUAAAUCGAUGGUAUUAAAAUUAAGAGAAUGUCUUUCGUAUAUAGAAUCGAAAGACGAAUUACCCUAUAUACAUGUCUUAUUUGUUCAAUAAUAUAUAUAUACAGGAAAUAAAUCACUUUCAAUCGUUUGGAAAA